AUGAGGCGUGAUAACCGUCCGAGACUUCCUCCCGGAACUCUUCCUCGCAGAACAUCAGCACCUCCUGGUCUUCAACACCAGCAACACAACACACUCCCACUCCCACCCCAAAAUCCAACUCAACCUCCAACAGAAGCUCAACAAGCUGCGUUCGACCAGCAUCGUCGUCAGGCCAGACUAACUGCCUACGACGCCCUCAUCGCGUCCAAUCCUUCUCCUGGAGCUGCAAACAUCCCACGUCCUUCCCCGCCUGGACUUCUCCCUUCAUCUUCAAAUAACAGUCUCCUCCCUCCAACCGCAGGUGUCAACGGUGUCGCCUCGGGAGUAAACAGUCCUACCUCACCAGCUCCUCCACCAACCUUAGCUGAACCCCAAUCCUCUCCAACUUUCAGCGAGAGUUCUGCCUGCUCUCCAUUCUCACGACCUCGUAAUUCACCCUUUGGAAUUUCCUCGGCCGUUCCUCAAGCUCCAAGAGCCCCUACUGGCAUUCCCCAAGCAGACGGCGCAUAUCCACCAGAGCCCAUUCAAUCAGCUGUGAACCCGACUGCGACUGUCCAACAAGCUCCUGUAAAUCAAGGUACAGCUCCAGCACCUGCCGAGUCUCUUGCACAAGCAGUCCCAGCUCCAGAUCCAACCGGUUUCGCGAACCUCUCAAUCAACGAUAUAGCCCCCGCAAGCCCCGCCCCAGAAAGCAACAAUAAUUCCUAA